AUGUCCGCGAAUCCCGAUAGGGGCGCCAUGCUGCCCCCGGGGCAGGACGCGAUGGCUCACGAGGCCGCAAGGAUCAGCGAUGCCCUCGACUCGUCGGUCAACAAGCAGGAGAUCCACGAGGAGGCCGAGACCGCCGGCGCUGUCGCCAUUGAGGCCGGUCUGAAUGAUGCCUCUGGGGAUCCUGCCGUGUUCCGCCCUGAACCUGCCGUGGCCGCAGACCCUGUCGAGAUGAACAAUGAGCCUUCCACGCCGAUCGCCCCCUUCAACGAGAAGCAGUCCAAGUCCUCGACUGCCUCGACUUCAUCCGUGAUUGCGGACGAUAAGAUCCCGCAAGAUCUGCUGAAGCCCGCGACUCACAGCUCAUCCGACUCCCAUGUUGCUACCAAGAAGCCGAAGGGUCUCAAGGCGCUCUUCAAGAAGAAGAAGGGCGAGGAGAAGGACACGAACGACAUGGUCCCUCCUGUCGGCCUAUUCAAGCUCUUCCGCUUCGCGACUCCCUUCGAGCUCUUCCUGCAGGCCAUCGGUCUCGUUCUCGCCGCGGCAUGUGGUGCCGCGCAGCCCCUUAUGACGCUUAUUUUCGGUAAACUCACCCAGUCGUUCACCGACUUUUCCAAGAUUAUCAACGAGAUGAACUCGUCCGGACGGCCAGCGAGCGACUUUGCCGCGCAGCUCGCCGCUGCCAAGGCUGACCUCAAGCAUGAGGCUGGAAACAACGCUCUCUACCUCAUGGCUAUCGGUCUCGGCACUUUCGCCUGUACCUGGGCUUACAUGUUCAUUUGGGCCUACACUUCCGAAAUUCAGGCGAAGCGCAUCCGUGAGAAGUACCUCCACGCGGUGCUCCGUCAGGACAUUGCCUAUUUCGACGAGCUCGGAGCCGGAGAGGUCGCCACGCGAAUCGAGUCGGACUGCCACCUCGUCCAGGUGGGAAUCGGAGAGAAGAUUCCUAUUUCCUUCUCGUUCGUGGCUACCUUCAUCACGGGUUACGUGCUUGCGUACGCCCGUCAUGCCAAGCUUGCUGGUGCGAUUACGUCUAUCCUCCCCGUCAUCAUGAUCGCCGGAUCUAUCAUGGGUAUUGCUGGCACCAAGUACACCACUGGCUCGCUCACCUUCGUCUCGAAGGCUGGUACCCUCGCUGAGGAGGUCAUCUCCUCGAUCCGCACUGUACAGGCCUUUGGUGCCAAGCGCACCCUCGGAGCCAUGUUCGACGCCCUUAUUGGCAAGAGCCGAGACGUUGGUAUCAAGGGCGCCAUUGUGGAGGGUGUCGGACUUGGUGUCAUGUUCUUCGCCAUCUACUCAGCGCAGGCCCUUGCCUUCGCCUACGGUGCCAUUCUCACUCACGACGGUGACGCCCAGGUUGGUGUCGUCAUCAACGUGUUCAUGUCUAUCCUCAUCGGCUCCUUCUCGAUUGCCAUGCUUGCCCCCGAGCUGCAGGCUGUCACGAAGGCCAAGGCUGCCGCUGCCAAGCUCUACGACACGAUUGACCGUGUUCCGCCCAUUGACUCUGAGGACCCCAACGGUCUCAAGCUCGACGUGGUCCACGGACACAUCACGUUUGAGCACGUCGCAUUCCACUACCCCUCGCGCCCCAACGUGCCUGUUCUGAAGGACCUGACUGUUGACUUUGAGGCUGGCAAGACGAGCGCUCUGUGCGGUGCCUCUGGUUCCGGAAAGUCGACCGUCAUCCAGCUUAUCGAGCGCUUCUAUGACCCUAUCAGCGGCGUGGUCAAGCUUGACGGUCACGACAUUCGCUCGCUCAACCUCAAGUGGCUGCGCCAGCAGAUUGGUCUUGUGUCCCAGGAGCCCGUCCUCUUCGCCACCACUGUUCGUGGCAACGUCGAGCACGGUCUCAUCGGCUCCAAGUGGGAGAAUGCUUCCGACGAGGAGCGUUUCAACCUUGUUAAGCAGGCCUGUAUCGACGCCAACGCGCACGACUUCAUCACCAAGCUGCCUGAUGGAUACGACACGAUCGUCGGAGAGCGCGGUAUGCUUUUGUCCGGCGGCCAGAAGCAGCGUGUCGCCAUUGCCCGUGCUAUCGUUUCCGACCCUCGCAUUCUUCUACUUGACGAGGCUACCUCGGCGCUUGACGGUCUGUCGGAGCGUGUUGUCCAGGAUGCCCUUGACAAGGCCUCUAUCGGCCGUACCACCAUCGUGGUUGCUCACCGUCUCGCUACCAUCAAGGACGCCGACAAGAUUCUCGUCAUGGGCUCGGGUGAGGUCCUCGAGGAGGGCACCCACAACUCGCUGCUUGAGGACGAGGAUGGAGCAUACUUCAAGCUUGUCUCGAACCAGAAGCUUAGCCAGACUGGCGCCGAUGACCUCGAUGAGAAGGAUGAUCUCGAGGACCCCGACGAGAUUCUGGACGAGAAGAAGUCGAUCCCCGGCUCGCCCAUCUCCGAGAAGGUCAUGCUGUCCCGCCAGAUGUCGCCCGAGCUCUUCCGUGCCCAGACUGGCCGAUCCAUCGCCUCCCAGGUUCUCGAGCAGUCUGCUGCCCGCCGCGAGGCCGAGGCCGAGGCUCAGCGCAAGAUUCCGUUCAUGAAGCUGUUCUUCCGCCUGCUCAAGCUGAACAAGGACCAGAAGAAGUGGUACAUCAUUGGCACUAUUGGCGCCAUCUGCUCCGGUCUCGUCUACCCGGCACUCUCCAUCCUGUUCGGCAAGUCGAUCAACGACUUCGCGAUUAUCGAUCUCGACGAAAUGAAACGCCAGGUCUUCCGCAAGGCUCUGUGGUACUUCAUCACGGCCAUCCUUGCUGCCAUCUGUAUCCUGGUCCAGAUCACCGGCUUUGGCAAAGUCGGUUGGCAGAUGCUGUACAAACUGCGUAUCAAGUCGUUUGCGUCUGUCAUGCGUCACGACAUCGAGUGGUUCGACAAGGAGGAGAACUCGACCGGUGGUGUCACCAGCAACAUCUCCGACCACCCGCAGAAGGUCCAGGGACUGAUGGGUGUCACGUUGGGCUCCAUCAUCCAGUCGUGCUCUACCCUUAUUGGCGGUAUCAUCAUCGGUCUCUGCUACGCGCCUCUCCUUGCGCUCGUCGGCAUGGCGUGCAUCCCCCUCGUCAUCUCCAGUGGAUACAUCCGUCUCCGUGUCGUCGUCCUCAAGGACGAGAAGAACAAGAAGUGGCACGCAUCCAGUGCCCAGAUGGCGUCCGAGGCUGCUGGAGCCGUCCGCACCGUCGCCUCCCUCACGCGUGAGCAGGACGUCGACAACAUCUACUCCAACUCGCUCAAGACGCCGCUCAAGAUUGCCAUGCGCACUGCCAUCUACUCUCAGGCGCUCUACGCCGCGUCGCAGGGUAUUGCCUUCCUGGUCAUUGCGCUCGUGUUCUACAUCGGUGCGCUCUGGAUCGUCGACGGCCGCUACUCGACUGCCGAGUUCUUCACCGGUCUUACCGCCGUCGUCUUUGCUGCGAUCCAGGCCGGUAACGUCUUCAUGUUCGUUCCCGAUGCGUCGUCGGCCAACUCUGCCGCGCACUCCGUCUACGCCCUCUUCGACAAUGUCCCCGACAUCGACGCCGACAGCCCCGAGGGCAAGAUCCUCGACCCUGCCCAGGUGCAGGGCCACAUUACGCUCGAGAACAUCCACUUCCGCUACCCCUCGCGCCCCUCUGUCCGCGUGCUCCGCAACCUCACCAUCGAGGUCCCGCCCGGCAAGUACGUCGCCCUCGUCGGCCCCUCCGGAUGCGGCAAGUCGACGACGAUCCAGCUCAUUGAGCGCUUCUACGACCCGAUGUCGGGUGUCGUCAAGCUCGACAGCGUAGACGUGCGCGAGCUCAACGUCGCCUCGUACCGCAACCAGAUCGCGCUCGUGUCGCAGGAACCUACGCUGUACGCGGGCUCGAUCCGGUUCAACAUUCUGCUCGGCGCGGCCAAGCCCGCAGACCAGGUCACCGAGGAGGAGAUCGUGCAGGCGUGCAAGGACGCCAACAUCUACGACUUCAUCAUGUCCCUCCCCGACGGCUUCGACACUGAGGUCGGCGGCAAGGGAUCGCAGCUCUCAGGCGGACAGAAGCAGCGUAUCGCCAUCGCGCGCGCGCUCGUGCGCAAUCCCAAGGUGCUCCUGCUCGACGAGGCGACGGCUGCGCUCGACUCCACCUCGGAACGUGUCGUCCAACAGGCACUCGACAACGCGGCCAAGGGACGCUCUACCGUCGCCAUCGCGCAUCGUCUCGCAACCAUUCAGCGCGCAGACGUGAUUUAUUUUGUUUCUGACGGUGCUGUCGCCGAGAAGGGCACGCACGCCGAGCUCAUCGCGAAGCGCGGAGCGUAUUACGAGCUCGUGCAGAUGCAGAACCUCUCGAAGCUCGACCAGUGA